UCAGGUCUUAGUUUGGAGUAAGUCAGUAAAAUGGCAAGAACGAAACAGACAGCUCGUAAAUCUACUGGUGGCAAAGCUCCGCGUAAACAGCUUGCCACGAAAGCAGCUCGUAAGAGCGCUCCUGCUACCGGUGGUGUAAAGAAGCCUCACCGUUACAGACCCGGCACGGUAGCUCUGCGAGAGAUCCGUCGCUACCAGAAAUCUACUGAGCUGCUUAUUCGUAAGUUGCCUUUCCAGAGACUCGUGAGAGAAAUCGCCCAGGAUUUCAAGACCGAUCUCCGUUUCCAGAGCUCCGCUGUCAUGGCUUUACAGGAGGCCAGUGAGGCUUACUUGGUCGGCCUGUUCGAAGACACCAACCUGUGUGCCAUCCACGCCAAGAGAGUGACCAUAAUGCCUAAGGACAUCCAGCUGGCUCGUCGUAUUCGUGGGGAGCGCACAAAGACCGUGCCUGAAAAGAUGGAAACUACUCCUCCUCCCUUGUCGUCAGAGGCCACGUCGAACGCUGCACCGCCUGCUAUGCCUGAACCAAAAGCAGCUCCUGCUCCCAAGAAGGGCUCGAAGAAAGCCGUUUCUAAAACCCAGGCGAAGGGUGGAAAGAAACGCAGAAAGACUAGGAAGGAAAGCUAUUCCAUCUACGUGUACAAGGUGCUGAAGCAAGUUCACCCCGAUACUGGCAUUUCUUCGAAGGCGAUGGGAAUCAUGAACUCGUUUGUGAAUGACAUUUUCGAGCGCAUCGCCCGUGAGGCUUCUCGUCUUGCGCACUACAACAAGCGUUCAACCAUUUCUUCCAGGGAGAUCCAGACUUCUGUGAGGCUCCUGCUACCGGGAGAGCUUGCUAAGCACGCCGUGUCCGAGGGCACCAAGGCAGUCACCAAGAGUGACAUUGGACACCAUCGGAAGAAGCCGAUGCACUACAGCAACAGCAACUCCCAGACUAUGCCUGAACCAAAAGCAGCUCCUGCUCCCAAGAAGGGCUCGAAGAAAGCCGUUUCUAAAAGCCAGGCGAAGGGUGGAAAGAAACGCAGAAAGACUAGGAAGGAAAGCUAUUCCAUCUACGUGUACAAGGUGCUGAAGCAAGUUCACCCCGAUACUGGCAUUUCUUCGAAGGCGAUGGGAAUCAUGAACUCGUUUGUGAAUGACAUUUUCGAGCGCAUCGCCCUCAGUAAAAUGGCAAGAACGAAGCAGACAGCUCGUAAAUCUACUGGUGGCAAAGCUCCGCGUAAACAGCUUGCCACGAAAGCAGCUCGUAAGAGCGCUCCUGCUACCGGUGGUGUAAAGAAGCCUCACCGUUACAGACCCGGCACGGUAGCUCUGCGAGAGAUCCGUCGCUACCAAAAAUCUACUGAGCUGCUUAUUCGUAAAUUGCCUUUCCAGAGACUCGUGAGAGAAAUCGCCCAGGAUUUCAAGACCGAUCUCCGUUUCCAGAGCUCCGCUGUCAUGGCUUUGCAGGAGUCUAGUGAGGCUUACUUGGUCGGCCUGUUCGAAGACACCAACCUGUGUGCCAUCCACGCCAAGAGAGUUACCAUAAUGCCCAAGGACAUCCAGCUGGCUCGCCGUAUUCGUGGGGAGCGCGCCUAAGACCGUUUAAAG